AUGCGUUCCAACAGCCAACUUGCAUCGCUCGAGGCCGAGUUCGGCCCGCAUGUCACCAAAGGGCUCGGUCGCAUCACCCCGGGCGUUGUUACCAAAGGGCAGGGGUCCUAUGUGCACAUGCACGAUGGCCGAAAGCUGCUCGAUUUCACCUGCGGCAUCGGCGUGACCAACCUCGGACAUGCCCAUCCUAAGAUUAGUGCUGCGGCAGCCGAACAAUGCAUGAACAUCGUUCACAGCCAGUGCUCCAUCGCCUUCCAUGGGCCUUAUCUGCAGCUCGUGAAGUACCUCCUGCCAUUAAUGCCCGAUCCAUCCCUCGACUCCUUCUUCUUCUGGAACUCGGGUUCUGAGGCGAUCGAAGCCGCACUCAAGAUGGCACGCCUCUUCACCGGCCGGCAGAACAUCAUCACCAUGCAGGGCGGCUACCACGGCCGCACGUUCGGCGCGAUGGCCGUGACGCGGAGCAAGACGAUCUACAGCGAAGGAUGCGCUCCGCUCAUGCCUAGCGUGUUCACCAUUCCUUACCCUUACUUCCACCACUUCUCUCUGCCAGCCUCCACCUCGCCGGACGAGCUCGCCCAGCUCGCACUCUACCAGCUGGAUCUUGUCCUCGCGCAGCAGUCUGCACCGAAGGACACGGCUGCCAUCCUCAUCGAGCCUGUCCUCGGCGAGGGCGGGUACGUACCGGCCCCGACAAGCUUCCUGAAGGGGCUGCGGGAGGUAUGCGAUAAGCACGGUAUCUUGCUCAUCGUAGAUGAGGUACAGAGCGGCUUCGGCAGGACGGGUAAGAUGUUCGCCAUCGAACGCAGCGGUGUCCGUCCUGAUAUCUUGACCAUCGCCAAGGGCCUUGCCAAUGGCUUCCCCCUGAGCGGCGUAAUCAGCCGCAAGGAGCUCACUGACAAGCUCAAGCCCGGCUCAAUGGGUGGCACAUACGCAGGUAACGCCGUUUCUUGCGCCGCGGCUGUCGCUGUCGCGGACGUCUUCCGCUCCGAACCGAUCCUCGACAACGUCGCCGCGCGCUCAUCCGAACUCCUCUCCUUCCUCCGCCGCCUGCAGGCGGACGAUAACUUUGGAAAACAGAUCCUCGAUGUCCGCGGCGAGGGGCUGAUGGUCGCCGUGGAGUUCGCCUCGCCCGCGCCCGUCGGCGGCGAGCGUGAUCCGCUCCGGCGUCCUGAUGCCGUGAAGGGCCUGGCGAGCAGGGUCGCGAAGCGAUGCGUGGAGAAGGGAAUGUUACUGCUGACGACGAGCGUAUAUGAGGUGGUACGGUUCAUCCCGGCGCUCAACAUCGGCGAGGAGGAUAUGCAGAAGGGAUGCGCGAUCUUUGAGGAGGCGCUGGAGGAGGUGAUCAAAGAGGACGUACCGUGGUGCUGA